AUGGCUAACGGCGCUGUAGCUCUCGCAGCUUAUCACCAACUACAAAGCCAAGAGCGCAGAGGCUUAUCAAUGAAGUUCCUCCUGAUCUGGCUUCUGGGUGAUAUGCCAACCUCUUCCGAAAACGGCCUGCCCGGCUCCCACCGGCGGCACGACCUCCCCCGGCGCGCCAGCAGCACCCUUGGCGGUGGCGGCGGUGACCCGCUGGCGCGCAUCCUCACGGGCGAGGACGAUACCCCCGACAGCCGGCCGUGGCUGCACAACACGGUGAGUCUGGUGGCGGUGUGGGCGGUGGGGGUGGCCGGGUGGUUUGUGAGUUGGAAGAUGGGGGCGUGGGCUGUGCCUGGCGGGGAGGGGGGUGAGGGUGGUGGUGGUGGUGGUGGUGGUAGUGUUGGUGGUGGUGAGGGGCAGGGGGUGCAGGAACCGAUGGCGGUGGUGGGCAUGGUGUUGGGCGCGCGCAUCCCGCAAAUCAUCAAGAACUACCGCGAAAAGUCGUGCGAGGGGCUCGCCCUGCUCUUCUUCCUGCUGUCGCUGACGGGCAACUUCACCUACGGCGCGAGCGUCAUCUCCUUCUCCCAGGAGCGCGACUACUUCAUCAGGGCCCUGCCGUGGCUGCUCGGCUCCCUCGGCACCAUGGUCGAGGACUCCAUCAUCUUUGUGCAGUUCCGCAUAUACUCGCCCGCGCGGCAGGUUAAGCCCAGCGGGGCGGCGUAG